UUUCUUCAAAUACUCUUUCUAUCAUUGUACACAAAGCACACCUAUAGUGCCCGUGUCGGGUUUGAGCCUUAUGGAACUGGUAAUCUAGACCCACCAUCGUGCACUAUGAUGGACCCACCUACGUUGCAUUAA